AUGCUGCUAGGAGAGAUGAGUCAUUCUUUUGGUAAGCAAUAUUUGUCAAGGAGCAUAAGAGAUAUAAAUAUCAACAUUAAGGAUGUUGAUAAGAAACAUGUUGAGAAAGAAAGUGCAAUUAAGGUAACAACAAGUGAGUUGAAUACUAAUGAACCAAUAAUUGAAGAUGAAAUUGAGGUACCAAUUACUGAUGCACCUUUGAUGUAUGAAGGUGAUAAUGACAAUGAGGAUUUGGAUUAUAUCCCACAGGAGCAAAAUAAGGAAGAUAAAUCUAUGGACGAGAGUUUGUUUUCUGGUAAUGAGACAGAGGAUGAUGAGUUUAUUAAUGCAAUGCAAAAAAAAAAAAAAAGUGUUUUUGAGAAAGAAGAUGUUGACAUUGGCCAUGGAUUAGGUUUAGAUGAUGUUUGUGGUUUACAGAAUGAAAAUAGGGAGCAUGGUUAUGUUAGUGAGUAUGAUGGUUCUGAGCAUGAUGGCUUUGAAACACCAGACAAUAAUGAUGAUAAUGACUUUGAUAUUUGA